AUGAUUAUUGGAGUAUGUUCGAACUCCUCCAUUCGCGAAGGCGUAAAGGAAGCCGCUGCGCCAAAGAUCAACGACGACCUAAAACUAGUCGAUCUUGACUUGGAGCCAGUAGCCAGAUGGGUAAGUGAUACAGGCACGAAGAACGAUCCACCGCAAAGCCCUAUGCAUGUGAAAGACUUGCCGUCUACGGAUUCUCCGCGUGGUAGUGUGCCACCUGUUCGAAUGGCAACCCCUCUAAGGCCAACACCCAUGCAUGCGAACGAUUCGACUGGAGUAUCGCAAAUGGACAGGUCCCAGAAUCGUGUGUUGGGAAACAAGAAUCAAAACCAUGAAAUUUUCAUUAGGCAGAGGAUAGCCCAAGGACGGAUGUGA